GGCUGAGCUUAUGGAUUAUCAAUACCUCCCUACCAUUUCCGGCUUUUGUCACGCCUCAGCUCCUCAACAACCCCCAAUCGGCCCCCAAUGUCGAGCGCCACUGACUUCAAGGAUGCCGAGCGACAAUAUGGGAUUCCUGACCGGUCAAGUGGGCGUAAGCAAGGCUGAGCAGAACGCCCACUACGACAGCGCAGUCCACGUCCAACACUUCAGCCUCUUUAAAUCUGAAAAACAAGGCAAGAUUGAAAUAGAGACAGGAGACUUGGUUCACUAGCCGCUAGAAUGGACGGUCCUACGGGGAGCUUGAUGGUCCGAAGAUUCACUGAUCAACUGGAUGGGGGUACGGAGCUUGAGAGAGCUACCAUUUCGGCUCAAGAACGGCUUGACGCAGAGGAGAAGAGAGCGCUAGAUCUCAGGCUACAGAGUUACUAUGAGGAUCCUUCUGACCAUUUGGCGCUCGACUUCAGCGCAGCAGAGAUUGCUCGAAAUGCCCUCCAGAAAACAUGUACCGAGAUGGCUAAAGAGAUCAAGCCGUCAAAAUUGGCAAAGAUAGGGAGCCUGUUAGGGAAGCAACGUAAAUCAGCGAAGUUACAGGCGAAUGAAGUCAUGGAGGGCUUUGUUGCGAGUAGUUUCGACGAUCUGAAACAAUUGGUGGAAGGCCAAGAGUCCCAGUGGAAGUCAAGUCACGGUAUAAUUUAUACAAAUUUCCAAAAGCUUUGCCGCAACGUGGACGCCCAUAAAAAGGUCUUUGAACUAUUUCCACAGCAGAGCUUGUACGCUUCAGUACUCUGUGGGAGUCUAUCGUUGAUUGUACAGGCAUCUGUAAAUCAUGAGGCUGUUGCAGAGACACUUUCCAAGGCGGUAACGGACAUCACUAUCGAGAGCAGUCUAUGCGUACGGCUUCUCGAUGUCAUACGUACCCCGGAAAUGCGUGAGCAAUUAUCCCAGGUAUAUGCCCUGAUGUUCCGAUUCUAUCGAGACGCAAUCGAAUGGUACCUCAGCUCUUCCAAGUCAAAGUUUUUCGGCUCGUUCAACGAGAAGAUAAAGACAGGCUUUACCGACUCGGUAAGAGCAAUCAAGGAAACUAUCAGUCGGAUUAUUACUUUAUGCCAUAUUGGUAAUACAGCAAGGGGCAUAUCUAUCCAUAGAGACACGGUUUUCAUCAAAGAGGAAGUCUUGCGUCAGAGACAGAAUCAAUGGGCUCAAAAUGGGACUUUUAUCGACCCGGGCGAGUUUAUGCAGGCGCUACUCAAGGUAAUGUACCAGUUUCAAGCGAUAGAGAAGCCGGAGUCGGAGCGAAUAACAGCACAAGCUGAAGAACAAGCGAUCGAAGAUACGCGAGAGAGCGUACCAACAAACAGCAGGUCAGACCUUCGCGAAAUUGCACGGCAGAUGGAGCCGUAUGUCGUAGGAACCGAGGGCCACUCACUGUUAGGGUCCGGUCAGUUCUGGAUGCCAGGCCCUAAAGUUGCUCCAGUACUCCAGGACUGGAUGGCAAAAGCGGAGCUCCCUCAGACUCUCUGGGUAUCUGGACCUGUCGUAUCUGACACGGUCUCCAUGACCAGCUCUAAAGCUGCAGCCAUGAACGUGGUUCUCGCGGCUUGGAGCGUACAUUCGCCGAUCAUAUCCCACUUUUGCGAGAGACCCCACCACAGCGCUGACGGUCUCACAUGUGAGCAGUCUGGAAUGAUUGGCCUAGUCUAUUCUCUCAUCGUGCAACUACUCCAGUUCAGAGUCGAAGACGACCAACUGGAUCUUGACCUAGAAGACGUGAGUCGUCUGGACGGCAGCACUGCAUCUUUCUCGGAAGCCCUCAAAGUUCUCUACCAAUUGUUUGCUUGCACACCAGAUAUCAGGUUCUGUGUCAUUCACAGCUUAAACGUACUUGAAUGGGGAGGCGGAGCCGAAUGGUGCCAUGAUUUCCUUGACGUGCUGUUUCGGGCGCAAGGAAAUCGUCGCGCGUCCCUCAAAAUUCUCUUAACCACGUCGGGGAGCUCAAGGGUGCUUGCAGACCGUAUCCCUGCGCGAAGUCAGUGCUUCGCAGAGCAAUUUGCGCACCAAGUGCCAUUUCCGGUCAGCAGGUCGACCUGAAUCUGGAGCGAAUAUUCUAUUUGAAUCUAGAGAUUUAUGUUGCCUGGUCUUCUUCAAUGUCCGAAGAAUGGGGAAGGCAAGCAUAUGUGAACUGGUGCAUUUAGUCACGUGACGUAUCACGCUCGGACGGGUCAGUCCCAUUGUUCCGCUUAUCUAUGAGGAGAUUUUGCACUACUUCAAAGUAUGCGAGCAGCUAGAGGG